CUCCUCCGGAAGUAAGACCUGAUGUAAACAGCAAAGCCGGGCACCAAAGCCCGGGAGGUCAGAAAUUUGUGCCGCAGGCGGCACCAACGGCUGGGGCAGGGGUCGGGGAGGGGUGAUCAAGUCGGCAGAGGCGACGUGCAUCUGGAGCAAGAUCCAAGGGAAGGCAGGCCUGAACCAUGACUCAGCAGCCACUUCGAGGUGUGACCAGCCUACAUUUCAACCAAGACCAAAGCUGCUUUUGCUGUGCCAUGGAAACAGGCGUACGGAUCUACAAUGUGGAGCCACUGAUGGAGAAGGGGCAUCUUGACCACGAGCAGGUAGGCAGCGUGGGCCUGGUAGAGAUGCUGCACCGAUCCAACCUGCUGGCCCUGGUGGGCGGUGGUAGCAGCCCCAAGUUCUCCGAGAUCUCAGUGCUGAUCUGGGACGAUGCCCGAGAAGGCAAGGACUCCAAGGACAAACUGGUGCUGGAGUUCACCUUCACCAAGCCAGUACUAGCUGUGCGCAUGCGCCAUGACAAGAUUGUCAUUGUGCUGAGGAACCGCAUCUAUGUGUACUCCUUCCCUGACAGUCCUCGAAAGCUGUUUGAGUUUGACACUCGGGACAACCCCAAGGGACUGUGUGACCUCUGUCCAAGCCUGGAGAAGCAGCUGCUUGUGUUUCCUGGACACAAGUGUGGAAGUCUGCAACUUGUGGAUCUGGCGAGCACAAAGCCUGGUACUUCAUCUGCUCCGUUCACUAUCAAUGCACAUCAAAGUGAUGUGGCCUGUGUGUCCCUGAACCAGCCAGGCACUGUAGUGGCGUCGGCAUCCCAGAAGGGUACCCUUAUUCGUCUUUUUGAUACCCAGUCCAAGGAGAAGCUGGUAGAGCUUCGAAGAGGCACUGACCCUGCAACCCUAUACUGCAUUAACUUCAGCCACGACUCCUCCUUCCUCUGUGCUUCCAGUGACAAGGGCACUGUCCAUAUCUUUGCUCUUAAAGACACCCGCCUUAACCGCCGCUCUGCGCUGGCUCGUGUGGGCAAAGUGGGACCUAUGAUUGGGCAAUACGUGGACUCUCAGUGGAGCCUGGCCAGCUUUACUGUGCCUGCUGAGUCAGCAUGCAUCUGCGCCUUUGGUCGAAAUACUUCCAAGAAUGUCAAUUCUGUAAUUGCCAUCUGCGUAGAUGGGACCUUCCACAAAUAUGUCUUCACUCCUGACGGAAACUGCAACAGAGAGGCCUUUGACGUGUACCUUGACAUCUGUGAUGACGAGGACUUUUAAGAGUCCUGGACAAGGAACCUACAGUAACCGAUAGCCGAACUGAGCCUUGAGGGUGUUGAACCAGCCAGCAAACAUAAACAAGCCGACACUCUGCAUUCAAACACUUCCCUCAAGCACUUUUGUGACUGAGUGCUAAAGGCUGGGACAGCCUUGUCUGUCCCUGGGCCACCUACUCUGCAAAACACCAGGGACCCAAAGGGAUUAUACUAAUCCAACCUAAGGAUUUAAAAAAUAAUGGUUACCAAGAGAUGUCUCUGAUGUAUAUGAAUAAAAGGCCUUUGAAUGGCAUUUAUGACUUGA